GUGGCUGCAGCAGCAGCGGCGGCGGUGGCGGCCGGGGCUGGGGCUCCGCCCCCCCCCGCUCGCGCAGCCGUUGGCCGUUGGCCACCGCCCGCCGCGCGCGCGGCCGUUGGCGGUGCUGCCCCGCCCCUCGCCGGUGCCGCCCGCGGGGCGCGGCUGGCGCUCCUCGGUUAGGCUCGGCGCGGACGCCGCGGGCGGGCUGGGUGCCGAGGCGGCUGCGCGGAGCGCUGGCUCUUCUCUGUGAUCAGUGGUGCACGGGGAAUGCAUGUUACGCAGUUACGUCUGCGAAGCCUGGAAACAAGAACGCUGAAAUCAUGGCGGGGAAACCUAAGCUGCACUAUCCUAAGGGAAGGGGGAGGAUGGAGUCAGUCCGAUGGCUGUUAGCAGCAGCUGGGGUUGAGUUUGAGGAAGAAUUUAUAGAAACAAAGGAAGACCUGGAAAAAUUACGCAGCAAUGGAUCCCUGCUGUUUCAGCAAGUGCCCAUGGUGGAGAUUGAUGGGAUGAAGUUGGUGCAGACUAGAGCCAUCCUCAGCUACAUAGCAGGAAAGUACAACCUCUAUGGGAAAGACCUGAAGGAGAGAGCCUGGAUUGAUAUGUAUGUGGAAGGAACGACGGACCUGAUGGGAAUGAUCAUACAUCUCCCUUUUCAACCGGCUGAAUCAAAAGAGAAGAAUUUUGCCUUAAUCAUUGAACGAGCUGCAGCCAGAUACUUUCCUGUCUAUGAAAAGGCCUUAAAAGACCAUGGACAUGGUUAUCUUGUUGGCAACAAAUUAAGCUGGGCAGACAUCCAUCUGCUGGAAGCCAUUUUAAUGACAGAAGAAUGUAAGCCUGAUAUACUUUCUGCAUUCCCUCUGUUACAGGCUUUUAAAGGAAGGAUAAGCAACAUUCCAACAAUUAAAAAAUUCUUGCAGCCUGGCAGCCAGAGGAAACCAGUAGAAGAUGAAAAGUUUAUUGCACGUGUGAAGGAAAUAUUCGAUAUGUAAUCAAUGUGGCUGCUGAAGAUCCUGUAACUGUAGUAGAUCACCUGAGCUAUGCCUCAUAGGUGUAAACUGCAUAGGUGCAUUCUGUAGCUUGCAUCGUACAGCCAGUUACAUGAAAAUCUUUGAAACAGAGUAUACAGAAUAUAUGGAAUAUAUAACAGAAUAAUCUUUUUGAUUAGAUUAAAAGGCUGAGCUGUAGCUGUUGAUUUCAGAAAGUAGUAUUUUAUGGAACAAUUACAUGAAAUAAAACAUGCUGAUAACUUUU